CCCAAAGUUGUGAAGACAUGACGAGAUCAUACCUGGAUGCAAGGUGAUAUUCCCGCAGAAUCUCGCAAGGGUGUUCCUUAUGUUGGAGGACAAGAUAAAGUUGCAGCCUGUGCAAAGCACUUUGUGGGUGAUGGUGGCACCACAAAGGGCAUUGAUGAGAACAACACUGUUAUAGACUGGCAAGGUCUCAUGAGCAUACACAUGCCUGCCUACUACGACUCCAUUAUCAAGGGUGUGUCUACUGUCAUGGUCUCGUAUUCCAGCUUGAAUGGCAAGAAGAUGCACGCCAACCAUGAUCUUGUUACCAAUUUUCUCAAGAACACUCUUAAUUUCAGGGGCUUUGUCAUCUCUGAUUGGCAGGGUAUUGAUCGGAUCGUUUACCCUGAGCAUGCAAAUUUCUCACAUUCAGUCAUGCUAGGCCUUCAUGCCGGAAUCGAUAUGGUCAUGGUUCCUUACAAUUACACCGAGUUCAUUGAUAUUGUUACAAAGCUUGUUGAGGAUAAACUCAUUCCUAUGAGCCGAAUUGAUGAUGCUGUUAAGAGAAUUUUGAGGGUCAAAUUCACGAUGGGAUUAUUUGAGAAACCAUUGGCUGAUGAAACCUAUGUAGAUCAGAUUGGAAGCCAGGCCCACAGGGACUUGGCAAGAGAAGCAGUUAGGAAGUCUCUUGUUCUUCUAAAGAAUGGAGAAAAUGCAGAUGAGCCUGUACUGCCAUUGCCAAAGAAUGCAUCAAGAAUCCUUGUUGCAGGAACUCAUGCCAACAAUUUGGGCUAUCAGUGUGGAGGAUGGACCAUCACCUGGCAAGGUCUUAAAGGCAACAACAUCACUGCUGGAACCACCAUCCUGAAUGGUAUCUCAGCAGCUGUAGACCCAAGCACAGAGAUCAUGUUUAGCGAGAACCCAGAUGCAAAUUUUGUGAUUGCCAACAACUUCUCCUACGCUAUAGUUGUGGUUGGUGAACAGCCAUACGCAGAGAUGUACGGCGACAACACCAACUUGACGAUACCAGAGCCAUGUCCAAGCAUCGUCAACAAUGUUUGCAAUGAAGUGAAGUGUGUAGUAGUGAUUGUUUCUGGUAGGCCAUUAGUGGUGGAGCCAUAUGCUGGUCAAAUAGAUGCACUUGUUGCUGUAUCUCAAAAAGUAAUGGAAGCGUGCAAAGGUUUUCUCGAACUGGACGGAGAUUGA